UCCGUCGUGCAGAGGAGGGGCUGAGGACGAGGAAGCCGAAGCAGGAAGGAAGGCAGGCGUAAGGCUCGGGAGGGCAGGCUGUGAAUGCUAACAAGCCCCGUUUCGGUGGCUCCGAGGGUCGGCUGCUUUCACUAAACAUCUUCCAAUGAAGAGAACCGGGCCGCGCAGUUAGACAGCGACUAUGCGCCAGCGCCGCUGUCACCCAACGCGCACGCAGCUGCCUCACUCUUCGGCACGUUUGAUCCAGCAUUGAGAAAAAUUAGCGUCGUUUUCCUCCGAGUGAAAUGCGUCCUUACUGCUUGGGACUUGUAUUGUGACAAUGGAGAUUGAAAAUAUCGUCGCCAACACGGUUCUGCUGAAGGCAAGAGAAGGUGGAGGAGGGAAGAGGAACGGUCGCAGUAAGAAAUGGAAGGAGAUGCUCAAACUCCCCCACAUCAGCCAGUGUGAGGAGCUGCGCCGCACUAUCGAGCGCGACUACACCAGUCUCUGUGAGAAGCAGCCCAUUGGUCGGCUCUUAUUCCGUCAGUACUGUGACACCAGGCCGGAGCUGAAGCGUUGCAUUGAUUUCAUGGACGCCGUGGCCAUGUACCAGCUAGCGCCUGAUGAGAAGAGGAGAGACUGUGGGCUGAAUGUUUUAGACACAUACUUUAACAAUGGGUCGGCAGCCCAUCUGCCCGACAUUCCCCAGGAUGUGAUGGCCGGGUGCCGGGAGCGGCUGGAGCAGAGUCCAUGUAAGGAGCUCUUCAACGACUGCACCAAAAUAGUUCGUGAUUAUCUGAGUGGAGCUCCAUUUUCCUCCUACCAAGAGUCCAUGUACUUCUCUCGCUUUCUGCAGUGGAAAUGGUUGGAGAGGCAACCAGUAACCAAAAAUACCUUCAGACAUUACAGAGUACUAGGAAAAGGUGGAUUUGGUGAGGUUUGUGCCUGCCAAGUACGUGCCACCGGUAAGAUGUACGCCUGUAAAAAGCUGGAAAAAAAACGAGUGAAGAAGAGAAAAGGUGAAGCAAUGGCACUGAACGAAAAACGCAUUUUAGAAAAAGUUAACAGUAGUUUUGUAGUUAGUUUAGCUUAUGCCUAUGAGACCAAGGAUGCGCUGUGCCUGGUGUUAACCAUUAUGAAUGGCGGCGACUUAAAAUUUCAUAUCUACAACAUGGGCAACUCAGGCUUUGACGAACAGAGGGCCAUUUUCUAUGCUGCUGAGAUCUGCUGUGGCCUUGAGGACCUGCACCGUGAGAGGAUAGUCUACAGAGAUUUGAAACCUGAAAACAUUCUUCUGGAUGAUCGCGGACAUAUCCGGAUUUCGGACCUGGGACUUGCCGUACAAAUCCCAGAAGGAGAGACGAUACGAGGGCGAGUGGGUACAGUCGGCUACAUGGCUCCGGAGGUGAUACAGAACGAAAGCUACACGUUCAGCCCGGACUGGUGGGGGCUGGGUUGCCUCAUCUUCGAGAUGAUCCAAGGGCAGUCGCCGUUCCGUAAGCGCAAGGAGCGGGUGAAGAGGGAGGAAGUGGACAGACGAGUGCGAGAGGAUCAGGAGGAAUAUUCUGACAAAUUCUCAGAGGAGGCCAAGGACAUCUGCAGACAGCUUCUAGCAAAGGAUCCCAAGAACCGACUGGGCUGUCAAGGUCACGGGGCCACAGAGGUCAAGCAGCACCCCAUUUUCCGAAACAUCAACUUCAAACGGUUGGAGGCCAACAUGCUGGACCCGCCCUUCAGCCCUGAUCCACGAGCCGUUUACUGUAAAGACGUCCUGGAUAUUGAGCAGUUCUCCACAGUCAAAGGGGUGAACCUUGACCCCACAGAUGACGACUUCUACCACAAGUUUGUCACAGGCAGUGUCUCCAUCCCCUGGCAGAACGAGAUGAUCGAGAUGGAAUGCUUCAAAGAAAUCAAUGUCUACGAAACAGAUGGGACACUCUGCCCAGACCUGGACAUGAACCGGCCGAACCCUCCACCAAAGAGAGGCUUCUUCUACCGCCUCUUCAGAAGAGAGGCAAGUUCUAGUGCUCCGGCAACUGUCCGAGGGGGUGGGGGCUAAGGUGUGUUUCAAGAGCGGCUACAGCGACGAUGAGACGGAAGAGCCCUCGCGACUUUGAACCACUCCCUCCACCUGUUUCUGCUCCCACAAACUCCAGCCGAGUGCAAAUCUUAGAAACUCAGUGAAUGUUGACCUGUAUUUAUGAGCUGUAUUAAAAGUGUAUUAUAAUUCAAGAAAAAAGUGAGUUUAAAGAUUUUGUACAUUUGUACUUGAAUUUAUGUCUAGAUGUAUAUUUUCACUAAAGGUUGUAUUGUACAAAAAGCCAUAAAAGUACCACUUGAAUGCAUACAUGACUUUUUUUUUCUGUUUUUUACAUUUCUUGUCUUUUUUUUCCUUCUUUUUGGGGGUGGGGAGGUUUUUUUUUAAGAAGCACAGUAAUUGUCUUUUUUUUAUGUAGCAUACUGCAUUUUGUCUGUUUUUGCUUUCGAUUUGGUCACUGUGACUUCGCACAUCUGUCCCAUGGUAGCCCCCUCUACAGGGUUGAUAUGAAUCAGAUGGAAAGUAAAUCCAUUCUGUCCAUUGCUGCUCCACCUGUUCUCUUUUUCUUUUUUUGUGAAAGCCUGGCCUGUAAUUGCAUCUGAAAAAGCCCCAUUAUUUUGUAUUAGUUGUACACAGCCGGUCAGUCACAUCAUGGAGGUAUAUAUAUAUAUAUAUAUAUAUAUAUAUAUAUAUAUAUAUAUAUAUAUAUAUAUAUAUAUAUACACACACACACAUACAUUACAAUCCUGUUGUUUUAAAUGUCUGUUACAGUUUCCACUCAUGCAGGGACUCUUUUCUUUCCAUUGUCCAGCAAUUCUUUCAAAAUUUAGUCUGUCAAAGUUGACACUAGUUGACAAGAGUGAAAAUGUUGGGAACGCCGCCACUUUGAAAUCAAAUUCUGCUCAACACCUUUAAAUCUCAAGAUGAGCUUAUGGAUGAGAAGAACCAGGCGUUGUGUACAAGAGCACCCACCCACCUGUAGGACCUUUUUUUUUUCACUGCCAUUGUUUUGCUUGCCUUCUAUAUGAGAUUAGGGUUGGUCCUGAUCAGUGCUUUUUUUUUCUCUGUUUCUGAGGCAAUUUAAGCUAUUUGACUUAGAGGAAGUCACUGUUUACUCCCCUCACAUGUUUUUAAUGCUGUGAAUACCCAGUCUGGACAUGUGUACAUAGUAAAGUUAGGAAUCAAGUUCUUCUUUUCUCCAAAACCUUCUCAAGUGUCUGCCUUGGUCUGUUGGGUCGUCAUGUUUGAACUUGAAUGUCACUCCGCUGAAGUUCUCUCGUAUGCAUGUGUGAGAUGGUACACAUCGUUUCCCAUCCAGCCCAGAGCUCUUCUUGCAAACAUGAUUUCCUGUUGCACAUUCCUUCGCCCAGAUCAGGAAUCGAUCAUCUUGCUUUCGCCGACUUGAUUUCUCAGUGUCUUUUUAAUUUCACUCUCAGGCACAUUUUGGAAGCGGAGUUUUCUUGCCUUUGUAGAUUUUAGUCUUUUAGCCUCAAAAUCCUUGUAAAUGAUGUUAACAUGUAACUAAGCUCAAACCCUUUGCAAGGAAGCCGUUUGUCACGCCUGUUUAUUAUCCUUACAGCAUCUAUCUUUUUCCUUCAUUGCACUAUGGUGUGUUUUGACAAUGACCAGAGGUAGUGUCUUCUUAACCUUUUGCCAAUGAUACCAAAAGCAACACUUAGUGAAUCAAAUGUUUAUUAGCGAGGAACGACUGACAGCCUUUAUUGUGCCAACUUCAUUUGUGACAUCACACUUUUGCUCCUUCCGUCCAUUCUCCGAUUUUAUUUAACAUUGAGGAACUUGGACUUGCAGUUUUUGAAUGUCCGCACUAAGUGCAUUGUAACACCUAAAACGAAAUACAUAUGUCUUAUUACUCAAGCAUGUAUUGAUUUGUAAUAUUUCAGGUUCCUUGUAUAUGUAAAUGAUGACCUACUAGUGCCAACAUAUCUCACUGGUAUCUGAGGACAACUUAAUCAAUGGUGAAAUGACCAGUGGAGCGAGCCCUGUUUGAAUACUUCAUUUUUCAUUUGACUGUGUGUCAGGCGGUGACAGGAACCUGCUGUAGAAGACAAAAAAAAAAGAAUUUAUAUCCGAUGAAUCCUGAAUAAAUCGGUUUAAUCUCCCCCACUUGGGAUUAAAGCAGGCCUUUGCUGCCAAACUUGACACUGAGAAUGAUAAAAAUUCUUCUUAUUCAAACGGGGCCUGGGACCUCUUGAUUUCUUUACUUUUUUUUUUUUUUUUUUUUUGUACCUGUACAGUCAUGUCGUUCAACCACUGCAGUCAUUGUUUAUUCUUGUACAAGUUGUAUCACUGGUUGUUGUACCAUAUCUGACAUUUGUAAUUAUGAAAUAA